GCCUGCCGCUCGGCCUUCUGGGAGUUGAAGUCCGAAGCUGCUGGCAGCCGGAAGGAGCGUCCAGAUGUAGGCCAUGCGGCUUCUUCCGUGGCUCCGCCGGCCUGCGCCCCUCUUGCUCCGUGGCCUCGGUCUACGCAUGAGCUCCUGGCUUGCGAAGGCGCAGGAAGGGGCCGGUCAAGAUAAAUACCAAGCAAAUGGAGGAAACAAGAAGACAACUAUUUGCAUUGAAGGGAACAUUGCAAGUGGUAAAACUACAUGCCUGGAAUAUUUUGCUAAAAACACAAGCAUUGAGGUAUUGACUGAACCGGUGUCUAAGUGGAGAAAUGUAUGCGGCCAUAAUCCUCUGAGUUUAAUGUAUCAAGAUGCAACAAGAUGGGGUAUAACGCUACAGACAUAUGUGCAGCUUACUAUGUUGGACCAGCAUAUGAGGACAAUGGUUUCUCCCAUAAGAAUGAUGGAGAGAUCUAUUCACAGUGCAAAGUACAUUUUUGUAGAAAACUUGUAUCGAAGUGGGAAAAUGCCAGAAGUGGAUUAUGUCGUAUUGACAGAAUGGUUUGAAUGGAUCAUAAAGAACCUGAGUGUUUCAGUUGAUCUGAUAGUUUAUCUACAAACCUCUCCUGAGAGGUGUUAUGAGAGGCUGAAAAGGCGGUGUAGGGAAGAAGAAAAAGUUAUUCCUAUGGAAUAUUUAGAAGCUAUCCAUCUGCUCUAUGAAGAGUGGCUGAUUAAAAAAAGCCUGUUUAAAGUUCCUUCUCCGGUGCUUGUACUGCAGGCUGAUCACGACUUACAGGAUAUGCUGGAGAUGUACGAAGAAAACCAGGACCGAAUCCUAACCCCCUACAAUGUGCAACAUUGUCUAUAGAAACAGAUGUUGCGUGUUAUGCAUGGCUUAGUGCCGGCAUGGGCAAACUUCCGCCCUCAACUUCCACAAUUCCUACACUGGACCGCCACACAUCUGAAUAGAAAUAGCUCUUUCCUGGUUCCCUUGAAACUCCUGCCAGGCAGUUUGAAGAUUAGGUGCAAGUAAUUUCUAAAACUUUCUAAAACUUGCCUGAGCUAUUUCCUACCCUCUUAUCUUUGUUCGUAUUUCAAGCAGCUCUUCCACUUAGUCCUAGACUGUUUGGCGAACUUGGGGCAGUUUGAAAGAAAGGGGUAGAUGUUUGCUUAAUGACCAACUCCCAGCAGGAAACCCUGAGGGGGAAAAAGUGUGAGCACUUAUAAUGUGUAUGUUUAUACUUAGCAGGUCCUUUUUUGUUCCAGAAUGAUACAAUUUUGUAGGUUGCAAUACAUGAUAGAUAUCCCCCAUGUAAGCUAUUACCUCUGUUGCCUCUAACAAGAUUUAAAAAUGGCUUGUUUUUCCCACACUUCCCUUUUUAUUUGUACAGUGAUUGUUUGUUUAUAAAACAUUACUGGUUAUAGACUGUUGGUUUAGAUUUCUUACUAAGAAGGUCUCUGAAAAGGACAUUCAUCCUUACAUCUUGUUUUUAUUUACUCACAAAAGCAUUUUAUACAAAGGCAGGACGUUGCAAGGAAAGCUUGUCAGGUAUAAUACCAAAUGGGUUGUAGAUGUAUUAUAUUUUUUUAAAUUGAGAAGUUACUUUUUUUUCAAUCAAAGGAAUAAGUGGAGAACAAGUGACCAAAUUAGUAGUAGUUGUAUUAACACUUCAAUACGUCUUUUGAAUCCUUUAGUGAAUACUUGACUUUGUAUUUCAUAGUACAUUUCUCACUUUUAUGGCCAUGCUGUUUAAUUCCAGAAAUACUGCAGUGUGGAAUUAAGACAUCAAAUAUGUCGGAGACCCAAGUUCAAAUUCUCAAACUGUGCACCUCAGAGGACAAUGCACAUCCUGGCAGAAAGGGUAUAAAAAACUACCAGCCCUUAAAAAUACUUAGGUGGCAGGUACCAACGUGAUUAUAGCCACACAAAUUAAAGAAACAAGAUGUCGGCAUGCUUGAAAUAAUACAAUUGGAUAAAUUGAGACUUUCAGCUACCGUUUUCUUUUUGACACAGACCACUUUAGUUGUGGUAUUAUAGUUGAGGUCCCGGAAGAGGCUACAUUUAAAUGAAUUCAUUUAAAUGAAAUGAAUUCAUUAAAGCCCUUUCAAAUCUUGCUUUUUUCAGCUUCCUAUCUUGAAGGCUGAGGAAGACCUUAAAAGCAUACAGGACUUAAAACAGCUUUACUAAUAAAACCACCAUCUUUUGAGCAUCUUGAGACAAGUGUCCUGUUUCUUCAUUGUAUUCCUGAUUAAAACACAAUUUUCAACAGCAUUGACAUACCAUGAUUCGUUGAUCUAUCUUGUUUCCUCUUUGAGGGUCACAUUCUCUUACACUGAUUAUUUUGAUAGCUACUGAUAAAUUUAUUUCCAAUGUAUUUUUGUAUUAAGGAAUGUGUAUAAAAUGUACUGUUUAAAAUGUUUAUGGAAAGUAUUAUUUGUUUCAACUCCAGUAUUUAGCAGGGAGAUGGAAGACAGCAGAUGUGAUCUUUGAAAUAUGUUAGUGUUUCUUCUGUUAUAACUUAAAAUCUUUGGCACUAUUUAAAAACAUCUUAGAAUCUUGUUUCAUUAUUUAUUCAGAUUAAAUGGAACUGAUUUAAAA